UACGGCCUGAGCUGGUUUGACCAGAGGGUUUUGAUAGAGAAUGCCGCUUCAGUCCUAUGCUUGAAAAUGGCAAGGGUUAGAGCUGUAUUUGAAAAGGCGUUUGUUUCCGUGGAAAACCAAUUGACUGUUGGAAAACAUCAUAAAUGUGUAGUGCACGGGCAUAGUUUGUUAGUCAUCUAGCCAAUAACUUGAAUCACAUCGAUUUGGGUGUGUGUUGAUGGCGGUACUCGCUAUUAGCUCAGUUUAGCUAGUUAGCUAGGUACGUGUUUUGGAAAAAGACAGCCGGAAAGAUGGCUUUCUAGAAAGCUAAAGACGGUGGUAUCCGAUUUAGCUAGCUAACGACUAUCCAAGGACAGGGAGUGUUGGUUAACGUUAUUAACGUGCUAACGUCAUUGCAAGAAAAGAAUCAGGUUGUCGCCCACAUUGCGUUAGCUUGCUGUGUAGUCAUUACUGUACAAUUUUCCGUGAAAUGAAUUGUGCAUUAAUGUGUUUACACCAUAUCUGAUCACACUGAUCAGCUGCAGCCAGCUAACGUCAGUUGUAGCUGUCAUUUGUCGAACUGAUCACUCCGUUUACUGUUUACAAACACGUCGCUAUCUAGUUACCUAGGCAUCUACGGCGAGAUAGCUUACUACCCCUAUUUGCUUAGCUCGCUUGUUAGCUAGGUAGCUAAGUGUUAUUUAGCUAUCUAUUCAUAACUAGUUUGUCAUUAGCACACUAUAAAAAGUGACAACAAAAUGGCUGCAGAUUUACAGGCAAAGUAUAGCAAGCUGGCUCAGGAAUAUUCCAAGCUCCGGGCCCAGAACCAGGUUCUGAAGAAAGCUGUGGUGGACGAGCAGGCCAACUCUGCCUCCCUCAAGGAGCAGGUGAAGCAGAGGGAUCAGAGCCUGCGGAAGGUGGAGCAGGAGAUGGACAGCCUCAGCUUCCGUAACCAGCAGCUGGCCAAGAGGGUGGAGUUACUGCAGGAGGAGCUGGCUGCCAGCGAGGCCAAGGGCAGGAAGAGCAAGCAUAGAGGAGACUCGCCCUCCCAGCAGGGCCUGCAGGCACAGAUCGUUUUUGACGAGGACCUGCAGAAGAAGAUCCAGGAGAACGAGAGACUGCACAUCCAGUUCUUUGAGGCGGACGAGCAGCACCGGCGCCAGGAGGCCGAGCUCCGGGCCCGGCUGGAGGAGCUGGAGAAGGACUCAGAGCAGCACCAGGCCGUGGUGGACGGGCUCACACAAAAGUACAUGGAGACCAUUGAGAAACUGCAGAGCGACAAAGCCCGUCUGGAGGUGAAAUCACAGACGCUAGAGCGAGAGGCCAAAGAGUGCCGACUCCGAACAGAGGAAUGCCAGCAGCAGCUGAGGAAGUAUCAGACAGAGCUGAACCAACAGCUGGAGCAGAGCAGCAGCGUCAUUCUGGAGAAAGUGCCCUUCAAUGACACGAAAUACAGUGAUUAUAACACCCUGAACGUUCCCCCGCAUAACAGGAGGCACCAGCUAAAGGCGCGUGAUGUUGCUGGUCAGGCAUUGACCUUUGUCCAGGACCUGGUGGCUGCCCUGCUCAACUUCCACAGCUACACAGAGCAGAGAAUCCACAUCUACCCCCUGGACUCCUCCAUCGAGCCAGUUUCUGCCCUCAACCAGAGGUUUUCCCACUACUUGCACGAGAAUGCGGCCUACGUGCGCCCCCUAGAGGACGGCCUCCUGCAACUGCACCAGAGCAUCACUGAGGACACGGUCACAACCCUGGAAACUGUGGGGAAACUCAAGGAGUUUUCAGAUCAGUUCACAUCCUACACACGCUUCCUGCAGAAGAUUCUCCCCUACCAGCUCAAAAGUUUGGAGGAGGAGUGUGAGGCUCCUCUCUGCACCGCAGCUCUCACCUCCAAGAACAGGGAGCUGCAGAGCGACAUGAGGAAGGUGACGUCCGUCUUCGAGAAGCUGCAGACCUACAUCAGCCUGCUGGCCUUACCCGGUGUCCGACCAGACGCGUUACCUCAGAGCAGCUCCACCGCUGUCUUCACCCAGCUGGCUGCCUGUCUGCACGGCCUGCAGGAUGCCAUGAAAGAGAUGUCCAAACACUACAGCCAAAAGGCCACAUUGGAGCAGGAGCUUCCCACCGUCACCCAGAAGCUGAGCACCACCAACGAAUGUCUGCUGUCCUCGCUGGGCUCCCUCACUAGCUGCACUGGGAAGAUCGCCACGUUCUUCAGCAACAACCUGGACUUCUUCGCGUCGUCGGCAGGCUACGGGCCGAGGGGUGGCACGGGUUCCCUAAACCCCCUCCAGGCAGAGAGCAUGCUGGGUAACAAGAAGCAGGCGGCUGCUUACAUGCGAGCGAUCAGGAAGUCGCGGCCAGAAUCGGUGCCGUACGCAGAGGCGCUGACGAACCGCCGCGUCCUGACCAGCUCCACAGAGAGCCGCGAGGGCCUCACACAGCAGGUGCAGCAGAGUCAGGAGAAGAUUGCCCGUCUGGAGCAGGAGAAAGAACACUGGCUGCUGGAGGCCCAGCUUGGGAGGGUUCGGCUGGAAAAGGAGAACCAGCGAAUCACCGAGCUGGAGGCCUCACUCGCGGCAGCCCUGGGGGGCAGCCCCACCCCUCAGCCUGUCCCACAGGAGGGCAGCCCUGCCACGCCCGGGCAGGAGGAGGUGGACUCAGAGGAGAGGGGAGCUGGGAAGGAGCCCAUCCAGACCACUAGUCUGGUUGGCAUGUUGACUGUGGCCCCCGGCAGUGAAGACGUAGGGGAUGAGCAGUCCAGGGAGCAGCUAAUAAAGUCUCACUACAUGGCGAGAGUUGGGGAGCUUACCACACAGCUGCAGGUCUCUGACAGCAAGGCUGUGCACUUCCAUGCAGAGUGUCGAGCUCUAGCCAAGCGUCUGGCCCUGGCAGAGAAAUCCCGGGAAACUCUGACAGAGGAGGUGAAGCUGGCCAAUCAGAACAUCUCGCGCCUGCAGGACGAGCUGGCCACGACGAAGAGGAGCUACGAAGAUCAGCUGAGCAUGAUGAGCGAUCACCUGUGCAGCAUGAACGAGACGCUGAGCAAACAGCGGGAGGAGAUAGACACUCUCAAACUGGGCGGCAAGGGAAAUUCGAAAAAGAACAAGGGUCGGUAGGACGUCACGGACAGACGGCCCCUUUGGACAUCACAGGCCAGGGGACGAACCGGACUGCAGAGCCACACAAGCGCAGUCCCUUCACUACUGCCAGAGGACUGAGAGAGAGGAGAAAGACAGAGAGAGAAGGCGGGGGUGUUUAAACUGCUUAGCUGCCGGACAGUGGCGGCCAGGUCGGGGGCUAGGACGACACUCUGGUGGAGGAAACAGUUUUUUUUUAUGUAUCUCUGUACAAAUAUAAACACUGUUUGUGAAGUGCUUCCUGUCGCGGGAGGAAGCAGCUGCUUGGCAGAGCGCCGAGGGAGAAGAGGAAGAUGAAGCUGUCUUCCAGGGGCCAAGGGAAAAACAAACGAGCACUGCCCCGGGUGCAGGCAGACAGGAGCCAACGGCCCCUGUCCGUCACCCUGAGAGGGGAGAGAGGCGACGGGAAGCGAGCUGUGUAUGUGAGAGUCAGUGUGUGUGAGGCAGAACUGUGUGUGUGUGUGUGUGUGUGUGCGUGACUGAAAUUGUUAUGCAGCAAAACUGGAGCCUGAAAAAAAGGGUUUGGGUUGAAAUAUGUGUGUGCAUGCAAGUGAUUUUUUUUUUUUUUUUGGGGGGGGG